AUGUCAGAACUUUGGCAACAUCCUACGCCAUCGGAAUGCUGGACGAAUUUGACGCCUUUCAAUGUUAACCCAGAAGAUUCAGUGGACGUCAAAGUGGAAAAACACGAUAAUGUAGAGGUGGGCAGUUUUUUCUUUUCUUUUUCUUUUAUUCUGUUUUUAAGUUUUGAAGUUUUCUAUUUCCCAUUCAAUUAGCUCUGGCUUUCUACACUCUAUGAUGGUUUCCUCUUUUCUCGUCAAUUUCACGAAAAUAGCGAAGGCAUAAAAUUUUUAUGGUUUCCCUAUCGGUACUGUUCGCCGAUGAUUGAGGGCGGAACUUGUUCUAAGAAAUCGGCGUGAGAACCGUGCGCCGAGAAGAAAGACGGAGAGAAAAGAAGGAAGCCAUCAAUAUCAAUCCUGUUCUUGCGAUUGAUACUGGUGAUUGAGAGCGUGAUACUCGCUUGAUAUAUGCUUCUCCCGUCGCUCAGCGGCUCCGGCGGAAUCGAUGGCUCAGCGUUCGACUCGUUUCCCUUUCAUUUCCAAGCUUCCCACUAUCAUUUUUUUUUUAAAAGAGCUUUUUGCCGAAGUUUGAUGAUUUUCGAAAAAAAUUCUCUGUUAUCAGAUAAGGAAAACUGAAUUAGUAGAGACAUUUUAUAAGAACGGACAAAUUAAGGUUAAAUUUUUUUGAAAAGUUUUCAUUUCACGAAUGCGAAAACUCAAUAAAAAGUUAUAUCAGAACUUAUUCAUUGACUUGCAGACAAAAAGCUUGAGGGAAACCAAGGUUUCAUAGCAAACAAUGUAUAUUUAAUUUCAUCGGAAAAUCAUCGAGUAGAAAUCCUGUGACUAAUAUUUUCAAGAAAGUUUGUUAAAACAUGGAGGGCUCUGAAAAUUUUGAACUAAAAAAAGAGAACAAUGUACCGUCUUCGGACAAGGUUCAAAAGUUGAAGUCAAAGAAGCGCGCCAAAGGAAUCUUGAAGAUCUGCGGCGACGGCUCGUCGUCGUUGAUUGGUCAAACGGCAGACGAUGGGCGUGGCUUGGCGGCGGCACCUCGUCCGCCUCCUCGACGUGCGGUUGGCCCAGGCGCUUCGGCCUUCCGUCGGUUGGCUCCGCCCACCAGUUUGUGUUGCGAAGAUUGACGUACAACAUCCAAGUGUUAGAAAGCUGUCAUCUUCGAUAUUCAUCUGAUAUUCCAACUGGUAUUCGUCUGGAGGACUGUUCGUAGAACGACGCGCGUCUGAUUUUGACGACGGUUUUGGUUGACGCCGUCAUCAAUUGCCCUUGUCGCGUUCGAUCCCGACCGCCGUUCAUCUUCUUCAGCAGCCUCGACGGCGAUGGCGCAAAGGGUGCGAGUUGACUGACAUCCCAACAUUCCCUUAUAAUUUAUCGUUAUGUUUGCUUCUGUCGGGGUAUUUUCUCUCGACGAGAGAAAGGAUGAGUCGGCUUGAUGAGUGAUGGUAUGGUUGCGCCGAUCAGUUGUUAUUAAGUGUCAUAUUAGUCGAGCAUCAGUCAGGCUGUCAAGAGGCGAUGUCUUCCUGUCAGGUGUGCGUGAUAGACCGACUAGAAACGACGUUCUUCUCUCUUUUUUCUCUAAGAUAUCCAAAUUAGUCAAACCUAUCGGAAUUGAUUUUCAUUUAAUCUCUCUUUUGCCUCGUUUCCAUAUUCACCAUUUUUUUCAAUACGUUGUUUGGCUAAUAAUGCCGCUUGGCAGCUGGGUGGUACUUAAGCUCAUGAUUUGUGGAAAUGUGGCACUUUUACAACCGCCACUCCUUUCGUCGGCGGUUCGACGCCGCCUUGGUUUCUAGUGCUCGCUAAUUUUAGGCAAAUUGAUUUGCUGGCGCUUGCGUGAGUGCCUGGGGCGGCGAGUCGGUGUUAUCGGACGACGACAUCGCCGUCCGUUCGUUUUCCUUUUGCAUCCAUCCACUCGGCUCUUGGCGGUUCCGUUGAUCGUUAAAUGCCACCGUAACCACUGCCAUAACGAAUCUUGUAGUGCUCAUUUUAGUCACUGUUGUCUUUUUUUUGGUUCAGUUAGUUUUUUUUAUUUACCUAGGGUACUAGUGGCUAGAAAGCGCAAAAGUGAAAAGAUUUUUAAGGCCCAAUAAAAUCGAAAAGCAGUCUGAGGAAAUGAAGGAUAUUCUUCGAAUUGAAUUUUUUCGAUUGCGAUAACCCAUGUAAUCCUCCCGCUUUUUUUUUUUUACUUUUUUCGAUCAAUGGUUUGCCUAGAAAUUCGCAAGCUCAAUUGAACUCUUCUGUUUAAAAAUUUUUGAAAAAGCUAUUUCAUUUUUAAAAAAAAAACACGCUGGAACUUCUUUAGUUAUUUUUUUCCCCUUUUUUGUCGUAUGAAAUCCCCGGAGACUUCAAACAUACUUUUAGGCAGUUUGAAUUGAGAUGAUGGGAUUUAAUGAAUGUUGUUUGCAGUAUGGCGAUGGAUACGGACCUCCGCCAGGAACUGCAGGCACCGAAGGCUAUCCGACGGAUCCGGCCGCGUUCUACGGCGCCAUGUAUUCGACGAUGCCGCAUCCGUCGACCAACCCCCUCAUGCAGCACCACCACGAGCUCGAGGAACAGCUCAAGCGCGACAAGGAGGCCAUUUACGCGUCCGUUUCGUUUCGUUUUCAGUCAGAACAAUUCCUUUUCAUACUCGUUCCAAUUACUUGAACUUUUUUUUUCAAAUUUGUUUUGUUUUGGCAUAGACUCGUUUUUCUUUUUUUUGCUGUUCCUAGUUUCUUGAAAAAUGUUUUUAUAUAACUUUUGCGCAAUUUUUUUCAGAUAAUAGAACGCUCAUUUAUUGAUUUUCAAGUUUUGGGGAAGCGAAAGUUUUUUAGUCAAUUUUUAUGGAAUGUAGUUCAUUUCAAAACUAUUCUCUUCAGCGAGCGAAGCAUUUAGAAAAAAACUUCUCAGCCUCCUAUUCAUUUCAUUUUACAAAAAAAGUAAAAACUGUUGAUACGUUUCCUUAUAAUUAGAGCAAAAAGUUACUCUGGCUGCUCCAAAAGGAAAUAUUCUUCAAUAUUUUCUCAGCUUAUGAAAUCUAAUUAAUAUAAUAACUUAGAGGCAAAUAACGUCUUUCUAGAUAUUCUUCAUACUUUUUGAGCGAAGCUCUUGCAGGCAUCCGUUGUACCCGUUGUUGGUGAUUCUGUUCGAGAAAUGCGAGUUGGCGACGUCGACGCCGCGUGAGCAGAGCCGCGACGGCAGCUCUUCCUCGGACGUCUGCUCGUCGACUUCGUUCAAGGACGAUCUCGAGGAGUUCGUCCGCCACGUCAGUCCCAUCUCCACCUUCCCUUUAUUUUGCAAGAUUUCAGACUCGAGGCAACGCCGAUAAGACCUUCUACGUGCCCAACGCCCAGCUCGAUGGCCUCAUGCUUCAGGCGAUCCAGAUGCUUCGUUUCCAUCUCCUUGAACUAGAAAAGGUCCGUUUUUUAAAUCAAUACUUAUAAUCCGCUCAAGAAGAAGAUGCUUUGUUUUGAAAAAAUCAAUGCUUUGUUUUGAAAGAGCAAAGAAAUUAUUCAAAAACAACCUUUUGAAUGUUUUUUUUGGGUAAUAUAAGACGACUAUUCUCAGCAAACAUUUUUGAAGAAAAAUUACAAUUUUACAGAUUAUUUUUUUUAAAUCAAUUCAAGUUCGAAUCAACUUAUUUUGUUUCAUUUAGUAAGGAGCAGUUCCAGUUGAAUUCAUGGGAGUUCUUACGGUAUGGGAAAUGAUACGUUCAUCAUUAAACUCUUUAUUUCAUCAAUGGUCUGAAAAUACGUGUGUUCUGUAGAGAAUAGAGACCAAGCGUUCCGAAUCCUCUUUCAAUGUCGUAAAUUUUCUUGAAUGUCGAUGAGAUCGGCGAAAAAAUAGACGACGAACGGUUGAAAUCGCCGCGGGACGCCUUCAAUUUUUCCCUUUGGAGCGCCGAUGGACUGCUCGACGCAGCGUGUGUCCUCAUUCGACAGCGCAACCCCAGCCACAACCAUUUUUUGACGUCGUUAUCAGCGAAACGUGGAGAAUCGCAAAAAAUGGCGAAUUCGGCUGGCGAUAAGAGAUGCCUUGUAUAUCGCACACAGUCGUACGACCCAGCCCUUUAUCAGUUUGAACGACUGGCACGGAAUGAAAAAAAAAAGUCUGGACGACUGGAAGUAAACCAUUUGCACUGAAAAUAUCGAUUCAGUUGGUCGGCUCUUCUUAGACAUCGCCAAUCGUUCGGUCGAGUACUGUACCAAUCCUUCUUUUGUGUUUUUGCAUUUUCUCUCAAGCUUCAUUUAAGAUUUUCAUAUAUGAAAGUUGUCAAUCAUAAGUAUUAUAGUGUUCAUUUAUUUUUGAUUUAUCUCGAGAAAUUAGAAAUGUUCAGCUCAAAAUGUCUAUAUACAGUACCUGGCAAAACGUUGCACUGUAAAAAUGUUUGCACAAAAUUGUAACUGAAAGUUUUUCCUCAAUAUUCAGAGCUUCUUGCUUAUCGAGCUUUUUUUUUCAAUCACACGACUAUCGAAAAAUUCAAAUAAGCUUAAUGAAAGAAAUCGUGCUCUUUUUUGGUCUUUUAAAUUACGUCUUUCGAUUUUUUUUUUCGGUGGCUUUUACAGAUGUCAGAAACUUGAAAAAAAAUUUUUAAAGAGAAUAUUUGAGCUGAAUGAACUCGAAAUAACCUCUCAACGGCAAUUAAAUAAAAAUUAUUGGUUUGGUUUAGCUAAUUUGAUCUGACUCAACAUCGGGCCUUGGGUGCUUAGAGACUUAAAAUUUUGAAAAAAAAAUACGAUUCAUUUUUUGUUCUUUUUAUGUGUGUAUUCAGCGACCGACUAGAAGGGAAUUUUACAGGUACACGAGUUGUGUGACAACUUCUGCAAUCGAUACGUGACGUGCCUGAAAGGCAAAAUGCCCCUGGACAUUGUCGGCGACGAGCGGGCCUCGUCGUCGCAGCCGCCGGCGUCACCUUCUGGAGGCCUGUCGGCGUCGCCGUCGAUGGGAGGCGGUCAGACUCCCAUGAGGUUUCGAGGAAUUCUCCACAGCUCCACAACCUCAGAAUGUCUAGUUUCAGCCACUUCGCUCCUGCCUACGAGCCCCAGUCCGUCCCUCUGCCUGAGAACAGCGUCAUGAGUCAUUCAAUGGAGGUCAGUUCAUUCUUUCGAAUUGAAAAAGUUGAUAUGAGGGUAGGUUAACUGAAACAAGUGUUUUUUGUCCUGUUUUAAAAACUUUCAAAUUGAAUAUGAGGAAAAUCGGAAACUGAAAUAUUUUUCGCGUCGGUUUAACAUGAUUCAAGUAAGUUUCAAUACUUUCCGUAUAAAAUGGUUUUUAAUUUCUCACUUAUCCUAUUCCUAUUUUAUUGAUUCUCGAAAUAGUAUUUUGAAAACACCAAAAAAAAUAGCAAAAUUUUUUUUUGGCGGAUGAAAGUAAUCAUUAGAAGGAAGAAUUCCGUUUUGGUUUUUAUAUAAUUGAUAUUCAUUUUUUACUCACACUCCAAUUUUGAAAUACUAAGUCAUCGUGAACAGGCAUAACGGACGGGGAGAACAAUUAAACGAAAACAUGUGUUCGGAGGUGGCUGGCUCAUCUUUUUGGGGAAAUGUGUGGCACGAGCGCGCGGCCGCCUGACGUAUGGAAGAAGUGGGAUCUAUCUAGCCUCGACUUGAUUUAUGGCUGUUAUGUGCACUCGACGACGACCGCGGCCAGCGAGUAGCGACUGGAACGAGGCCGGUCAUCGAGCGCCGUUCUCGGUCUUCCGGCUGCACCUAACCAAGCCGCGGCUAGAGGAAAGAAAAAAUGGCUAUGAAUCCCGGCCUCAUUCACUCAACUGAUCAAAAAGAAACUUUUUGGUUUUUUUUUUUUACUUUAUUUUAUUUGUCCUUCCAUGUCACCACGAGUUCUAAUUAGACUUCAGCCAUCGGAUUUCGGCUAGCCAGAGCCAGUUUAAGCUAAAUUUAGACUUAGAUGUAUAUUCAGGCUCUGCGGAGCUUUGAUUAUUUUCUUCAUAGAAUUCAAGGCUAAAGUCACACGGAAAACCAGCUGGUAAGGGUGUAGUCCGAAAGGCUUUUGUUUGUUCAGGUUACGGUCAUAUUGAGGGUCUUAUGGCGACCAGCUACACACUAUUUAUAUACGUUUCCGUAGAGAAAAUCAAAAAAUGGGAACACAUUUUUUGUGACCAAAUCGUUUCUUUUUUUCAAGUCUUCUCGCGAAUUGAUGACCGACAUAUUAUCACCUUUUCUUGCUCGAAAAACGCAACUGACACAUGUCGCGGCUGUUAUUUUCCUCCAACACUCCAGCCAGGCCAUUCCAUCGCUCUGAGGCUCGUGUUUUGUUGCAAAACGGCUCUCCGGAAUUGUUGUAUUGAUUGAUAGACUUCUCCCCGAGAGAGAGAGUUUGAUGAAUGCCGGCUGUCUUUUAGUGACUCCAGGAACGUUUGAGGUGUGUUUCCGAGAUCUCUUAGCGCCCCACUGAUUGAUGUCGCCGUUUAUCAUAGUUGGUUGGGGGGUGCACGAGAAAUCAAGUCGCAGUUUUUCAUUUCAACACGUCGUAAAUUUUCCUGAGGUCAUAAAAGAAGGAUUGUCACUGAGGUCAUUCUCAUUUUUUUUUUCCACAAAAAUUCAACUGAUUAGCAUGUCUUUGGGAGUUCUCAUCGAGUUUUCCCGACGUCGAUGAGUACCUAAUGGAUUGGGAACGACGAGUGAAAAGGCAAUCUGGUAAAGAGUGCUCUCGCAAAUGAUGAUCGCAAUUUUCUCGGCUCUCCGCCAAUUUUUCUCUAGGAGAAGCUGUUAGGGGCGAUUAAUUUCCCGUUGAAUCGGCGAUGAGAUGAAUAUAUUUGGAACUUUGGUUAUCGAUUAUUUUGAUUUCCAAUUAGAUAUUGAAUAAGCGGGGUUCAAGGCGAGCGGAAGCUUUAUUAAUUCCUUUCUUGUCAACCUGGAUGCUGACACCUCUGGUAGAUUAACCGACGGCAGCUUCAAUUUGAACAGAUUCGGAAAAGUCUGAAAAAUUCAAACUACAUUUAAAAAAGUUAUAGAUUUUUUUUUUCAAGACCACAUUCUCACCAGCUUUUACGCUUUUAAGCUUUUCGAAAUGUUUCUUUCAAACGUUUCAUUCUAGUGGUUGUAUCCAGGUAUGGCUACAACUUGGGUGAUCCCUUAUCUGCAACUAUGGACGUCGUCAGUAUGCCAAAAAGUGACGUUUGACAGGCAGCCGUGCGCGCGAACACUUAUGCAAACGAGCCGUAUUGUGCCAAACGCCUCUCCGUUCAUUUUUGCCGCAAAUACCUCUUAACGGCGGUACAGUUGAAACGGCGUCGGGAAGGUCUGAAGGCGUUUGGAGAGGCUUUUCAACUGUCGUAAGAUUUGCAUAAACACUUUCAGAUUCUCUUAGUUUGUUCGGCUGUUUUUUGAGGCAAAAAUCACUUGUUUGAGCUCGAUAUGUGGCUAUAACUCAGUGAAAAGAUAAGGAAAACUCAGAAGGGGAAGUUUUGUAAUGAAAAUUACAAACUUCGAAAUAAUUUUCAUCAAAUGGGAGAGUGAGAGAGAAUGAAUUGCGAAAAUUACUCAGAUAAUGUAAGAAGCUCUUUUUUUUCUUGGACGGAAUAAAUAAAAAGACUUUUUGAAAAAUGAUAUUUUUGCUGGCAUAUUGUUGAUGAAAAAUUAUUUUUAUCUAAAGUGUUAUUAAAAAAAGACAUUUGUAAGUUUCAAUUUCAUAUAAAAAAAAUUUGAAUGUUUUUUUAGGGAUCGUCUUUGGGAUAUCCUGGAGCGUCAGGAAUGUCGCAUGGACUGCAGCCAACCUCGCAAUCGGAUCACCCUUUAGCCAUCAGCGGGGCGGCUCCAACGACGGCUGGAGCGCCCCAGAUGCUGCCACUUGCAGCCGUCAGUAGUCCUUCAGCAUGGUGAGGACCUCCAUCAGAAGGACGAGACGACCUGAAUGGUUUGCAGCUCUUCUUCUGGCCUUCGACACGACUCGACGCCGCUUUCCUCUGCAGACACGCCCGGCGCUGUCGGCAACUCCAAUCCAGCCGGCAUGGACUCCGUAUCGGAAGCAGGUCUGAUCCGAUCCCAACUUUUUCUUUUUCACUCUUUCCUUUUUAACCCGCCUGUUAGGAUCUCUUCUGCCUGAUAUAAAAGAAAAUUAAUUAACUUUUCUAGUUUGCUAUUUAUUAUGAUCUUUAAAAAAGUUUAUUUCUGGAACAAUCAUUUGAAGGUUUAUAUGAGCAAUAAAGAAGCUUGGCUAAACGUUUUUUUACUUUAUGAAAAAAACAUAAUUCAGUUAUUUCCAUGAUUUUAUCGAAAUCAUUGUAUUUGAGUAGUUUGCUUUUUAUACUAAUUUUUUUAAAUUUUCAAACUUUUCAUAACAACGAGCUCAUGUUUUUGUUUUUUUGAAAAAUAGAUUCAUCCUUUUUACAUUAUCAAAGUUUUUUUGAGUUAAACCAAAUUUUUUUCUUUUCAUUUGAAAAAAAUCUAAAAAGAAUAAUAUCAUGGCAGCUUUUUACUCUGUUUCCCUUGUUUUUUCUCUUCCUACUUUGAGACCGGUGCAGGUAGCCAAACUAACCGCAAGCUCAUUCAAGACUGAGUCCGGUGGAAAAAAACGUUCUGAAUGCCUAGAACCGACGGCCACCUUCCUCCAGCCUUGUAGAGGUAAUCUUCUCUUCCAGCUUUCCCCGACCGUUUCCUUUUCCAAAGGGUUUUUUGUGGUAGCCGAAAGAGCUACUCGUUGGUCCGAUGGAGCAUGAAAGAUGUCUUUGUCUGUCCGUUUGCUUCUGCUGUGUCUGUCCGCCUGAACCUGGAAUCCUCAGAAGUGGAGCCUGCAUUUGACGUGUUCAGGCUGCGUCGUCGGCAAAAAGAAAAUAAUUUUGCCAGCUCCAUUUCUGGUCUUCCCUUGCUUCUGUCGCGUUUUUCCGUUGGUGGUGAGGCCACAAUUUCGGAAUCUUCUCAUUCUAUUUUUUUAAAAAAAUCUUUUUCAUCGUACUCAUCUCAAAUCAAAGUUUUAUUUUUUUGAAAUCUACUACUUGUUUUCAUGAAUAUUUGAGCGACCGAUAAUGAACACAUAUUUUUUCUGUCAUUUUUUGCAUCCUUUUCCUUAUCUUGAUGAUCAAGAUCGAAAUCCACCCUUUGAAAAUUUUUAGUGUCGACGCCAAUUUUAAAAAUUAUCAAAAUCUUGAGGCGGUAAUGGAAACAAAAAACACAAUAGAUGAAGAAGCCAAAGAAGCUAAGAGUUUUGAAUUGAAAUGAGUGCGUAAGGAUAGGUUUUGAAUAUGCGUACAAAAAAUAAAGAGACUUCGAUCUCCGAAAAUUUGGUCUUACCAUGCUUCCGUGCGGCUUGGCUUGAGUGUCGUCGAGUUGCAGGCAGCUUGCUUCUACCCCCUUGCUCGUCCUCGUGUGGUGGCAUCAUCGAUGAGUGCCUGCAGUCGGCUGGCCUCAUGAUGGACAUGCUCGAUUGUCCGAUGUCGAUGCAAUCGAACCGCGGAGAGUGUAGCACUUCGGCUGCAGGAACCAUCAUCUACGGCGACAUGUACGGACAGCCGGCACCAGCCUACCACAUGCAGAUGCUCCAUCACCACGACUAUGUCGCACCUCCUGCCGGCCAGAUCUACCAGCAGCUUGAUUCGGCGCAAAGCCCAUCGCACAGUCGCAGCGUCGACGAGUCGCCGUCGUCCUCCUCUUCGGCUGGCCGUCGUGGCCGCGGCGGCGACGCUGGAAAGAAGCCUGGUCGCGGGAUUUUCCCUAAGACGGCUACAAACCAACUCCGCGCUUGGCUCUUCCAGAAUCUCACGGUUCGUCGCUACGUGUUUAUUUUUCUUACAUAAUUUUUUUUCACUACACAUCUUCUCAAAAAUCGUGCACCUCUAUUCUGAUCUCAUUUUUUGAGUUUAUGUAUCACAAGAGAAGCAAUUUCAUUUUAAACUUUGAUAUUAAAAAAUAACUUUCGGAGUUUUCGAUUUUUUUGAUAUCCAUAGGUUCAUGAAAAAAAUUAGUUAACAUGAACUUUUUGGAAAAAAUAAUUCUGAGAUAGCUAUGAGCCAAAAAGUCAAAACAAAUAAGUUCACGCGUUUUUGUAGGAUGUAAACUCCACGUUAAUAUUUUUUGUUCGAUUAUCUCAUAACUAAUUGAGUUCAUCAAUGUUUUUGUGCCUGUCGUGCUUGUAUUAAUGCUGUACUUAUUUCUUCACUUGCUUUGCGCGUUUUAUCUCUUGUGGCACCAAAAAUGGAAACGGAGAGCUGGAGGGGGAGACACUUGUGGGAGCUGGAGAAACGUUGGAGAAGGUGGCUGUCGGUUGGAAAAGUCCGACUCACCGUCCAAGUUUCUCUUGUAGGCGACGAGUUCUCCUUGUGUGGGUCAAACGAAGACGGACGCGAGUCCGUUCUGAGUGAUGGUGCCAACGGCAGUGUCAACGGAGGAAGUCGAAGGAAGGUCCCUAAAGUGUUUUCCAAGGAGGCCAUCACCAAAUUUCGAGCGUGGUUAUUCCAGAACCUCGCGGUAAGCUCUUAUCAACUUUCAGAAAGCUGCAUCUCUCUUUUCCAGGGCUGUGACAAAAGUGUAUGAAAUUAAAUGAAAAUCAAAUUAGCUAGUCGUAAAGUUGAACUUUUAGAAAAAGCGAUCAAAACUCUACCGGUUAAAAUCCUUUUCAUUCAUCAAUCUUUUCCCAUGUCUUUCGAGAAAAUUUUUAAAAGUUUCUUGUUCAUUUUUUUGAUUGUUUUCUCAAUGAGAGUGUUUGCUCGGAGAAUGUCUGUGUAAAUUCAAGUCAACGCGAGACGCUAUCGGCGAUUUUGAUCGGGAUAGCGACGCCUCACGUUUUUAAUUUUUCUUUGAGUACCGUAGGACAAGGAGUAAUGUUAGGGACCUAAAACUGAAAAGCUUUCUUUGUUGACUUUUGCUGCGAUGAAGAAAAUUCAUAUUGGCUAGGUGAACAAACAAGUGCAUGAACUCAAAAAAAGACAAAGUGUACAAACUUCUAAAAAAAUUAAAAAUUUUUUUAACAUUUAUUCAAAUGAAAGUCGUCCGCUCCUUAUUUUUUGGGAACUACUCGCGCGUUUUUUCAUAUGUGAAUGUUAUAUUUAAAUAACUCAAAAAAAAAUCUGAGCGUUCUAUACCACGAUGUACUAACCAAAAAAAUAUUUCCAAAAAAAUAUCUUCAGAAUAAAUCGGCUUCAUCAGAACAAUUUCAUGAAUAUACUUUCAAUUAAUUUUAAUAAAUAUAUGAUUUCAAAAAGACAGUUUUCAUAAUUUCGAUUUCUAAUUUUAUAGUAAAUAAGUCAUGUGAGUUUUUUUUUCUCUUUGGAUGUUCAUUUUUCUCCGUUUCCAAAUGAAUGAAGGCUAAUGAACAUUUUUCAGCAUCCCUAUCCUUCUGAAGAGCAAAAGAAGCAGCUUGCGCUUGAUACGGGUCUGACGAUACUUCAAGUGAAUAACUGGUGGGUUCCUCUUAAAUCUUUGUCCGACAUGUUGAUCCACUGAGAAGGCGUCAGAUUUCUAAGCGACGCAGUGUUUGCCUUGCUGGUAGGACUCUGAAGAGAUUAGCGCGAUGAUCUGUUGGAGCGCCUUUGUGCAGAUAUAACGGCCGCCAAUUCCUUCUGUGCAUUUAUGUGUGUGUGGGCAAACAGGUUGCGUAGGAUUGAUGGGCUGUUGUCGGAUCGCCUUUCAACCUCCAUCAAAUGACUGUUAUUUUUGAGCCGAAUUGUCUAUUUUGAGGCUUUUUUCUAGAAGAAAAAUUCUGCUAUAUUGGUAGAUCCUUUCAAAUCACAACGGGUUUCAUAAUAUCCAAAGUCAGAGGUUAAAUUACUAAAAAAAAAUUAUUCAAAAAACUGACUGAAACGAAAGCGUGAGACGUGUUUAUUCCACAGAUGUGAGAAGUAACUUUUUCUUUUUUAAUUUGAAAUAGCUUUGAGUAGUAGAAAACUGGGAACUCACUCGAAAAAGUCACUUAAAAGCGGUUUUUGCAUGGAAACGUCUCUCUAUCGUAGCGUCAAGGAAAUCAGGAUUGGAAGAUUUCAAACAAUUUUAUCUGCGUUAGGGAGUUCAUAAUUGUCUCUACAGUUUUCCGUAGAUCUCUCUUUCUCUCUUUUUUUCGUGCUAAGUGCCCUGCUGGCAGUGAUUUUUGCCUAUUGCGGACCGCGGGCAAUUGAGCACGGCGUACUGUAAUGGGAGACCAGAUUGACUGGCAAGCUGGUUAUUAAGAAGCUCGGAUGAGCGGCCAAUCUUCAGCUCCUGUCACACAAAACGUGUCGCUUAACGACCCAUUUACGGACCACUGUUUAGGGAUUGGUGUUUUUUUAUUCAGGUUGAGGAGGAUCAUCGACGGAAGUAAAUUGCGGGUUGUUGCGUUUUCGGAGUGACAGUUUCGCUUUUGAUUAUAUGCAUAGGGCGAUCCACGCGCGUGUCUCAACUACCUUUGUCCGGCGCCGAUUCUUUGUCUUUCAGCCAGCCGGAGCCUUUCUCCCCAUCCUUCUUUCGAUUUUCGAUUUCGAGGGUGUUUUAUCAAAUUCAUCCGAUCCUCUCAAAAACCUCAAAACAUUAAAGAACAUUUCUCCGAACAAAGAAAAAAUUCCAUUCUUGUUGGUGGCUUUAAUAUGAAUCAUGAAGAAAAAGUCUGUGGCUCUGAAAUAGCCUUUGUAAUAGCCAAUUCAGAUAGAAAAGUUCUGAAUUCGGCGUGUUGGGUCUUCUCAUUUUUGAAAGCGAUAUAUUUUCAAACCGGAUCUGCCUGUUUCAGCGGUUUAUUCAAUUUUUUCGAAUCGGGCUCUUACCGUCUGAUGAGAACGAAUUUCCCUUGAUUUUUUUUUAGUAUAAUGAUGUUUACAAUUUAAAAAAAACGGAUAAAAAACGUGUAUUUUUCUAGUUCAUUGUUUUUUUUAAUUCAUCAUCUAACAAUUAACGAAUAGACAGGAAUUUUCAAAUCUCUAUUAUUUGAACUUUAUUUGGCAGUAUGUUCUAGCGUUUGAGAAGAGUAUUACGUAUUUUUUAGCUUUCACGAGUCAUGCAUGACAAAAGAACUCCCAUCAAAGCUUUGUGUCAGCUUUUUCGGCAGCACCCGCUUGAACUGUUUGCCUUAUAUAAAAAAACUGGUUCUAAGACGUUGUGAUAAGUAUCGGAAAUCAAUGAGCUCUGUGGGAGUCCUAUAGUUUUGUCACGCGGUUGGGUACUCCACUCUAGCUUGUUCCAGCAAGUGAGCACUUUUUCCUUGCGUCGGUUGCUAAUGCGGACUCUAUCGUUCUUCUUCCUCUGGCAACAGUUGUGGCGCGGGUUCCCCUGUCGAUUACCGUACCUCGGCUGUGUGUGCAGCAGUGAAUGCCCGCCUGAGGCGAGACACACGAGACAUUCGACGACGAAAAGUCGACAAGAGAGCGUGAGGCGAGGGGCGACAGACUGAGCGACAGCCUUGGCAAUGAUGGAUCGACGCAGCUGGCGACGUUGACAACACUGAGAAGGAAGGGUCCGAGAGAAACAGCGACGACCGAUGAGGUGCUGCCACUGAGAACUGCAUGGGGACCAACUAUUGAUGAAUAGUGUUGUUGAAGGACGUGUCGGGUCCGAUUGAUGAUUGCGGUCCGGCCCAUCAUUUUGUCAUUAUAUCACGCCGCUUGAUGAAUCGCUGCAAGUCUGUCGAAACAUCAAGAAAAAAUGUUUAUGGCCGACACCAGAGUGUCGCUUCUCGGAUCUACCCAAUAAAUAUGAUUUAUCUUGUAUUUUCUGAGCGAUCCGUCAGGUCAACUAAUCUUUCAGUUUCAAAAGGGAAACUUGACCGCCUUGAAGAGACUGGGCCAGUGUAAUGCUGAAUGAAAAAGCUGAACAAAAAAAUAAUAUAUAUAUAUAUGAUGUACUUUUACUAGAUAGUGAUUGAGAUAGCUGGUCGAGGUAGGUUUUUUUUUCAAAUAUUUAAAUUUAAUUUUUAUUUUCUGAAGGUUUUAAAGUCUCAGAAGCUAAAUAUAAAGCCGAUCAGGAUAAGAUCUUAGUCUUUCUUAGAAAAGUACUCAAAAAGUUAGAUAACUACGCAACAUUAUACAGAUCAAUUCUGUUUUUAUUCACUCGUUAAAACUCAAGUUUUGGUUUGCUUGUUCAAGGCCGAAGUGCCAACGUUGUGACACGGCCACUAAACGCGACGAUUUAUGCGAUUUUUAUGAAGUUUGCACGACGCCUCGGCCAGGAAUUCCUUCUGAUUGCCCUGUCGCUGAGAUGCCUAUCUGUGCCCGACCUACCAUAAUAAACUUUAGCCUCCAUCGAAAACUUUUUAUGAGACGCGUCGUAAAUUGUCGAGCCACACGUUUUACGAGGGAUGACUUGGGUCUGACUUGUUAAUGCGAUCUCUCAAUCCUUUUGGGCUUAUCGUCGAUCAUUUGAAAUUAAUAAAGAGAAACCUAAAAAGUAAUUGGAAUUUUUCAGGUUCAUUAACGCUCGAAGACGGAUAGUGCAGCCAAUGAUCGACCAGAAUAACCGAGCAGGAAGAGUUCCCAACAUGAACGUCUUCAAAAACAGAAGAAGAAAUCGCAGUGAACAGUCGCCUGGCCCCAGUCCUGGUUGGUGUCUACUCAAAUGCGAACUUUUCAUUCAUUCUAUUUCCUAGUCGAACGCAGUUGAUUUUAAAGAGUUGGAAGAAAACAACAGAAUUGGUCGGAUAGUUAUUCUGAGCGCACUUUUUUUUUAUACGAACGUGGUAAAAAGUUCAUAUUUUUUUGAUCAACAGAUAUAUAAUGGGGACUGAACUAGAUUAAUUAAUAAAAAAACUGUUUUUGAAUAUAGAAACAAGAAAAAAAUGGCGUUACUAGAUUUAUUACUGAUUUCGAAGUAAAAAAAUAAAGAGGAAACAAUAAUUUUUUUCCUAGCAAGAGUUGAGAAAAAUAAGGUUUAAAAAGCGAACGCUGAAAAAAAGGAGGUCAAUUCACUUCGCGGUUAGGAAUUUUUUUCAAAAAAAUUUAGUAAAAUCUUCAUUGAUUUACCAGAAAAGGAACCUGGAAGCAUCUUCCUGCAAAGCUUCCUAUUUCUUGAGAAAUAAGGGAUCAAAGACCCAAACUAGCCUAUUUUAACAGGUUUUGAGAGUUUUUUUUUAAACUUUGGGUGUCCUUUCUCAAAAACUAAGAAGAAGGCAGGCUUAGAUUUUUAGGAUAUUUUUUUGCUAAGUCAAUGUGUUUAAAAGCCGAAUUUCUGGUAAUUCUAACCUCAAAACAAAUGACCAUUCUUGUUAGAGCUCAAACAGAUAUUUUUAAUUGUAAUUUUUAACGGGAACUUGCAGACUCGGACCUGGGAGCCAACUAUUCUCCAGACCCGGCGGCCGUGGCGGCGGCCGCGAUGCCUUAUCCUGCGACCGCCGACUUCUACAACAACAUGCAGCGCAACAUGUUCAGUGGCUACCCUCCUUUUAACCCGUUCGUCUUUUUUUCUCUUCAACGCUACAUUUACAGCCUUUCCUGAAUAACUUCUACUACCAGAUACAAAUUUUAACAAUAAUAUGGGAAUGAAUUCAAUUUCAGGCAAAUGGCGCCUUUCAUGCCUCCCAUGAUGGGAUUUCCGCCGCUCUGA